AUGGACGUACUGGAGAGUGUUGAAGAAAUGGCCACGGAGAUGGUGAAGGGACAGGAGCAUCUCUCCUGUGAGGAGAGGCUGAGAGAGCUGGCACUGUUCACCCUGGAGGCUCAGGGGGACCUCAUCAAUAGCAUUUCCACUAAACCAGCAGCUGCCACCUUGUCUGCAGCAUCCGGAGAUCUUGAUCUAUUCACUGAGCAAACAACCAAAUCUGAAGAGUCGGCAAAGAAACAACUCUCCAAAGACUCCAUCUUAUCACUGUAUGGCACAGGGACCAUGCAGCAGCAAAAUGCUCCGGGUAUGUUCAUGGGAUCAUCUUCUAUGCCAUUUACCACACAACCAUCAACUCAUUUCCAAGGCUUUCCAGCCAUGGGAGUUCCUGUGCCUGCAGCAACUGGGAUGAUGGGAAACAUGAUGGGACAAUCGGUGCCAGUUAUGGGACAGAGCACAGGCGUGAUGGUAGGAAUGGGAAUGCCCAAUGGAUUUACUGGUGCUACACAAACUGGUGUGAUGGGACUUCCUCAAAAUGUCGUUGGACCUCAAGGUGGAAUGGUGGGACAGAUGGUCACCCCACAAAAUAAGUAUGGAUUGCAACAAAACCAACAAGCUCAAUGGAACCUCUCUCAG